GGUUAAAUAUAUAUUUAAUGCACUUUCAAGCUGAUCAUAUAAGGAAUAGUUUGAGAUGACAUUCAAAAUGGCCCAAACGCGAAAAUAGAGGAGGGGCAACAGUAACUCGUGUUUGAUUGGGCAACCGUUUUCCCGCACAAGAUGACCAAUCAGACAAUAGCGACGGUAUGUAUAAAUACUCCGGAGUCGCUGUAUUACCGCAGUGAGAAAUUAACUAGUGAUAAAAAAAAAAAAAUAAUAAAAAAUAAAAAAAAAAUAAUAAUAAUAAUAAUGUCAGGUCGUGGAAAAUCCGCUAAAGCCCGAGCAAAGUCCAAGACUCGCUCAUCCAGAGCCGGGCUUCAGUUUCCAGUCGGUCGUGUCCACAGACUGCUCCGUAGAGGAAAUUAUGCUCAGCGAGUCGGUGCCGGCGCCCCCGUCUACUUGGCGGCGGUGCUCGAGUAUCUGACCGCCGAGAUCCUGGAGCUGGCCGGCAACGCCGCCCGCGACAACAAGAAGACCCGAAUCAUCCCUCGUCACUUGCAGCUGGCCGUCCGCAACGACGAGGAGCUCAACAAGCUCCUCGGCGGGGUCACCAUCGCACAGGGCGGGGUUCUGCCCAACAUCCAGGCGGUCCUGUUGCCGAAGAAGACCGAGAAAGCCGGCAAAGCGAAGUAAACUUCCUCCACCAGCAACUCCAAAAACGGCUCUUUUAAGAGCCACACACUAUCCGCAAAAGAGCAACUAUUGACUAACUAUUACUUUAAACAAUCGUGAAACUAUCAUAACUACAAAAUAUGUAUUUGGGUACAGGGAAAAGCCUUUGCAACGCUGCUUGAACCUGAAGUGGCAAACUACAAAAGGGGGAAUUAUGCUCAUCAACAUUGAU